AUGAUUCACCUAUCCUGUGCAACUGUGGAACUAGGUGUUGCAGAGCUCGAUAUCAUUUGGAGUGCACCGACUCCACCCAAAGUCAUUACAACGGCUUGGAGAGCGCUGAAAGGUAAGAUGCCUACGUGCGAUAAUCUUUUGAAAAGAAACAUUGCCAUUCCCCCUUUGGAGUCGUUAUGUGUCCUCUGUAAGAUGGAGGUCGAGACAACGGAUCAUAUCUUCUUCAAAUGUGAAAGCUCUUCCGCGAUUUGGACUGACGUUGCUUUCUGGCUCGGCAAGAAUACUGCACUUCAUUGCAAGGUGAGAGAUCACUUCAAUGCUUUCAUUAAUUUGGGAGACAAAAAAGAAACUCGUGCGCUGCUUGGUGUGUGGGCUGGAGUGAUAUGGGUUCUUUGGAAGACAAGAAACGAGUGUAAAUUCCAACAAGGAGAAUGGAACAAGAACCGUGUCGUUGCCGACCUCAAAUCGCGUGUGUGGAGCUGGAUGAAUGUGUAUAAUAUCUCGAAGUCUCCUUGUGAAUUUAGGAGAUGGUUUCUUGCUGCUAAUUUCAACACCUAG